AUGGCAGCCUCUCUCAGAUUUCAUUCUCUUCUUUCCUUCGCUCUGAUUCUUGCGUUCUCCAUUCCAUGCCAAUCUGCUCCCGAGUAUGGCUUCACCACGGAGCUGGUCCACCGCGACUCGUCGAGGUCCCCGUACUACAACCCGGCUGACACCCCGCAUCAACGCGUGGCCAACGCCAUCCGCCGGUCUGUUUCCCGAGCCGACCGUCUCGGCCAGAGCUUUGCCAACGCCCCGAGCACGCCCUCCGGGGUGAUCGUCUCCAGCAACGGGGAGUACGUUCUGAACGUCUCGCUCGGGACCCCGCCCGUGGCUAUCGUGGGGAUCGCCGACACCGGGAGCGACCUCAUAUGGACACAGUGCGAGCCGUGCGAUGAUUGCUUCAAACAAGCGUCCCCGCUUUUCAACCCUCGCAAGUCCUCGACGUACAAGGACAUCUCGUGCAGCGUGUCGCCGUGCAGCACGAUCAGCCGAACCUCCUGCGGCAGACGAGGGCUUUGCGAGUAUUCGUACUCUUACGGUGAUAGGUCAUACACUAAGGGAAACAUAGCCACAGAGACCUUAACCCUAGGGUCCACCUCCGGCCGGCCGGUGAGCUUCCCCAAGGUGAUCUUCGGGUGUGGACACGACAACGGCGGGACCUUCAAUGAUCGCACGGACGGAAUCAUCGGGCUCGGGGGCGGCAGCAUCUCACUCUUGACCCAAUUGGGGACAGCCACCGGCGGGAAAUUCUCCUAUUGCUUGGUGCCCUAUUCCUCGGAUCGUGGAAGCUCUAGCAAAUUGAACUUCGGGGCCAACGCCGUGGUCGCCGGCCGCGGCGUCGUUUCCACCCCUCUAGUCCAAAAGGACCCAAAGACUUUCUACUUCCUAACCCUUGAAGCGGUAAGCGUCGGCAAGACGAGGAUAGAAUUCACAUCCGAUCCCGUGGACGAAGGAAACAUCGUCAUCGACUCGGGCACGACCUUGACGCUGCUGCCUUAUGAUUUCUACACCAAGAUUGAAGACGUCCUGGGCAAGUUAGUGACUCUGCCCCCGGCGAGCGACCCGUCACAGAUCCUUAGCCUUUGUUACCAGGCCAGGGCAGAUGUCGGGUCCAGCAUUCCCACCAUAACGUUCCAUUUCAAGGGCGCGGACGUGGAACUGAAUGCAGGGAACACCUUUGUUCGAGUCGCCGAUGACAUCGUAUGCUUGGCGUUUGCAACGAGCCUGAUGACGAUCUACGGCAACUUGGCGCAGAUGAACUACUUGAUCGGAUACGACACUCAGAACAAUAAGUUGUCCUUCAAGCCUGUUGAUUGCACCUCGUACUGA